AUGAGAAAUGAAUAUGAAUAAUAUUAUGAAACUAAAAACUAAUUACUUGGAUAGGGAGCAUUUUCUUAAGUAUUUUUAGGCGUUAAAAAAUCAAAUUAAUAACAAGUUGCUGUCAAAAUUAGUAAUAGAAAUGUUGCUAUUUGUCAAUAGGAGAAAAUGAUCCUCCUACAAUUAUCUUAAUUUAAACAUUAAAAUGUAAUUUAAUUGUUUGAUAUUUUUGAUUAACCUGAAGCUCUAUAUAUAGUUUAAGAAUAUUGUCCUGGUGGUACAUUAUAUGAAAUGAUGAUUACUAAAUCAUUUACUGAAGAAUAAAUAGUUAACAUAGCACUUUAAAUUGCAAGUGGAUUAAACUUUUUACAUAGUAAAAAUAUUGUACAUAGAGAUAUUAAACCUGAGAAUAUUCUAAGAUAUGUUGAUAACCAAGGUUUUGAAAUCUAUAAAAUAACGAAUUUCGGUUUGAGUAGUGUGAAAUUGGAAAGAAUGACUACAACUAAAGUUGGAACAGCUCAUUAUGUUGCUCCAGAAAUAUUAUCCAAAUAACAAUAUGACAAAUCUGUUGAUAUUUGGGCAUUAGGGUUAAUUAUUGAUGAAUUAAUACAUAAAACACCCUUUUAUAAUGGAGAUACUGAAGAAGAAGUAUUUGGUAAAAUAAAAUCAAUUAAUUACAUUAUAAGAGAUAAAUAAUAUGCAAAACCUGCAAUUUUAGAUAAUAAAAAGAAUCUUAUCAAAAAUAUAUUAAUUAAUUCUAUUUAAAAGGAUCCCAAAUUAAGAAAAGAUUUAAAUUGGAUUAUAUAGACUUUAAAUGAGUAUUAAUAACAAACUCCACAUUCUAGUUAUCAAAAGAAUAAUAGAAAUUUAUCUCUAAAUUCUCAAACUACAUCAUGUGAAUAAACAUAAAUUUCAUAAAUACCUGUUUAUUCUGUAGAUUUAUAGUAAGAAGAUGAAUGUCCAUAUCAUUUAUAACCAAUCAAAUAUAAAAUACCAGGAGGAGAUGAUAAUAUUAUCACAAAUGCUUGUCAAAAAUGUUUAUAAAGUUAUGGGAUAUUUUAUUAUUCUGAGUUUCAAUAAUAUUUGAGAUAAACAAAUGUUGAAUUAGUUUCUUUUUCAAUAGAAUUAUAUUUUUCUCAAAAUGAAAUAAUAAUUGAAGCACUUAAACUUUUAAAUCAAUUUAAAUUUAUGUAAGAAAAGGAGAAUUUAAUUUCUGAAUUGAGGAAUAUAGUUGUCAAACAUAAUUAAAUUUUGAGAUUGGAAUAUAUUUAAUAUUAAGAUGAUAUAUAAUCUAUGAACGUUAAUGCAAAAUGGAUUAAUGAUGCCUUAAAAAUUAAUUAAAAAAUAUCUAAAGACAUGCCAAAUAAAAUAAUUUAGUACUUAAUUUCAAGAUGUCAAGAGAGAAAAUAAAUUUCACUCUAAGAAUGUAGGCAAUUUAUCAAAGAAUAACUUAAAUUACUAUAAUAAUAUUUAGUAUCUUUAUUAUGA